AUGUAUCCCAAGCAGAACGACAACACGCUAGAGAAGAAGUUGGAAUCGAAGAAUGUCUAUGCAACAGAGGUCGACGCUGGCAGCAGCUCUUCCAGCAAUUCUCUACCCACAAGUUUAUUCAACGAGAAGGAGCAAAGGCGUAUCAUAUGGCACAUCGACCGCAGAGUGGUGGCUGUUCUCGGAGCCAUGUACGCGGUCUCAAUGCUCGAUCGAUUCAACACAGGAGUCGCUUUGAUCACAGGCAUGGGCGUCGAUUUGGAAUUGAAGGGUUCACGAUACAACAUGAUCAACGCAAUGUUCUUCGUACCGUAUUUGCUGUUUCAGCUGCCUGCGACGGUGCUUCUACGACACAUCGGAGCACGCCACUUCCUGAGCAUAGCGACAUUUUUGUGGGGCGUCACGACGAUAGGUUGCGGAUUCGUGAGCUCUUGGACAGACUUGAUGGCUUUGAGAAUGUGUCUCGGGCUUUGGGAGGCUGGAUUCUUCCCUUCUUGUCUCUACCUGUUAAGCAGCUGGUACCCGCGAUAUGACCUGCAGAAGCGCAACGCCGGUUUCUUCCUCCUCGGACUCGUGCCCUCUGCUUUCUGCGGUAUUAUGUCGUAUGGUAUUUCGCACAUGAAUGGUCUCGGGAGCGGGCCAGAGUGGUUGGGCAAGCACAACAUUGAGAUGAGUCCUACUGGGAUGCCUAUUGGCAUGAGCUAUGGUGGUGGUAUCGCUGGUUGGAGAUGGAUCUUCAUAAUCUUCGGCACCGUUACCUGCGCUCUUGCCAUCUGGGGAUACUUUCUGGUCGUUGAUUUCCCUGAGAAGCUCCUGGCCGAUGGAUCCAAGGGGUGCUACGUUAAGUUUCUCACUAAGGAGGAAGCAUCUUGGGUUGUUGAGCGUAUCGAGAAGGAUCGAAACGAUGUCAUGCCUACCCAGUUCAACGUGCUAGAAUAUAUCAAGUGCGCUGGCGACUUCAAAGUUUGGGCGUUCGCAUUCAUGUAUGGAUUGGUCGGUCUCAUCGGAUACGGCAUCGGGUUUGCGCUUCCCAUGCUGCUAAUGGACAGCAUGGGCUUCAGUGCGACACCUCCAUACAUAAUGGCCGCGAUUGCCACUUGGUUUGUGGCAGUCUACUCCGACAAGUGGCGACUCAGAUCUCCAUUCAUUCUUCUCUGCUUAGUUCUGGUCUUCAUUGGCCUAUGCCUCAUUGGCUUCGCCUCGAAUCAUGGUGCGCAGUACUUCGGAGUGUUCUUCGCCGCUCUUCCGCAAUGUGCUAUGAUUCCAGCGCUGCUCACAUGGCAAGCAAACAAUGUCCGAGGACAAUGGAAGCGAGCGCUCAUCUCAGCGUUCUCCGUAGGAGCAGGAGCUGCGGGAGGAUUAGGCGGCAGCUUCAUUUUCAAAACAGAAGAUAAGCCACAUUUUUACCCUGGAAUUGCGACUUGUCUUGCAGCAACUUUUACAUGUUUUGUGGUGGUGCUUUUGUUGUUACUGAUGUUUAUCAGGGCGAAUAAAAGAGCAGCAGCUGGAGGGAAGGCCAUAGAGGGUCUCGAGGGCUUCAGGUACACGCUUUGA